AUGACACUGCCGUUCAGCCGGUAUUCUGAGAAGAAAAUUGCGGAAAACAAUGAGGCCGAAAUAUUGGGCGUCGUUGAAGAAGAAGCUCGAAAUGGGUAUGCUGAAGAGGCCAUUGUUGUACUGCCAAGCGAGAAGGCCGAUCAGCUGGAAUCACACACAGAGCGUGUUGUGGCAUGGAUUCAUGAAUGGCGACGCCAACGAGGUUUUGGCGCAUGA